CCUCAACAUGCAAAUUUUCAGCUCAAAAUUAUAAUUAAUUUUCCAUAAACGUCUAAUGGGCCAUCCCGGUGAAUCACCCUGUACAACCGGUAAAAACUCACACUUGCUCAAAAUAUUCGGCUGGUCUGUUUUCUGUUGGCCACCUUGUAUGACAUUUGUGUAAGGGCGCACCCGAAUGUCCAAGUGGAUUCUUUCAUAAAUGCAGAACACCUAACAAUGGUAUUUUUCAGCUUAAAACUGCAAGCCUCACAAUGAAGGAUUUUCGCAUCUUUAGCAUUCUUGGUAUUACCAUAACUUUGUUACGAAUAAGUGGCCUUUGGCGUGACGACCGAAAAUACUUCUCUAAGAAAAUAUACACCCUGUAUUCCCUCUGGGUGUUAAUAUUCUUCCUGGUACUAGACUACGCAGCAGUGGCUCUUGCUAUAUUCUACUGCCAAGGCGAUUUGGAAAAGUUGUCGAAGCAAAUAUGUUACUGCACCCAAAGAUCCAUCACCAUGGUGCAGACUAUAUUCUUUCUGCGCAAAAGAGACGUGUUAAAGACCAUAAUGCAACAGCUAGACUCGGAAAUAAUCCAGCCAAAGACAGCUGAGUACAAGAUGAUCAUCGUCAACUCUUUAAAGUCUCACUUCUUCAUCACCAGGUCCUACUUCUGGUUCUGCAUCUGCACGCUGAUAGGUUUUUUGGCUUUACCGGUGUUGUUUGCAGAGAAAAGGUUUCCUUUUGACGUUUGGCCACCAUUGCAGUUCUUGGGAUCUCCAUGGUUUGAGAUUGUCUACGUUCAUCAGUGUAUCGCCACUUUUCUGAAUCAUUUCAUCCAUUCUAGCGUCGAUAUUCUAUGUUCUGGUUUGAUGGCGAUUAUUGGAAGUCAGUGCGACUUUUUGAAGGCCAAACUAGAGAAUUUUCAGCCUUUGCAGAGAGAUGGCGCCACAGGCGAAAAUAUGGAGGGGGAUGAUUAUGACUCGUACUUCAGGGAUAUAUUUGCACAUCAUAAGGAGAUUUUGCUUUUAUCCAAGAGGGUGAAUAUAUUUUUUUCCCAAUUAGUAUUUGGAGAAAUCUCACUGGUUAUAAUGUUACUUUGUACAUCUCUUUUUCGGCUAUCUAUUGUGGUCGCAAAUCAUCAAACUUCAGAGCUGUUAUUGAUGGCAUCCUUCAUUUUUGCAAUGACUACACAGCUCUUUUUAUAUUGUUGGUUUGGAUCUGAAGCUCAUAGUAAGAGCAUUCAAUUACAUUCAGGAUCUUUCCAUUGUAACUGGGUGGGAUCUGCGAUUCCGUUUCAAAAAAAUUUGAUUUUCUUUAUGCAAAAGACAGCCACGCCGAUAAAAAUUUACGCUCUUCACUUCUUUGAACUUUCAACAGUUACUUUCACGUCGAUAAUGAGGUCUUCGUGGUCUUUUUACGUACUUCUACAACAGCUAAAUGCGGAGGAAGGACAUUCACCAUGAUUUUGGAAAUCGACAUUUCAAACCACAUUAAGUUAACGUUACGAUGAUAUCAAACUUUAUUGAAGU